UCUCCGCUGCUGGGAGCAUGAACUGGCUGUUCCAGUUUUUCACACUGAUCUUCUGCCUUGGUCCAGGGAAUAUGGUUUUGCCAUGCAACUUAUUCACAAAGGAGUUGAACGGGGUUCUGGGAGAGUCCAUAACUCUUCCCUUGGGGUUUCCUGCAGAAUCGAAUAUCGAAUCCGUAACCUGGCUCCACGAUGGAACAUCUAUGAUUUUCAUAACGCCAGAAAAACCACCAACCAUUACUAAACUAGAAAUGAAACAUCGGAUCAACGUCACCAAGUCCUACUCCUUACAGCUCAACAAAUUGAAGAUGACAGACUCAGGAUCGUACAAGGCCCAAAUAAACACAAACAAAACAUUGUUUUCCUGUUACACACUGAAGAUCUUCAGGCGAGUGAGUAACUUACAUGUUACCAACCACACUCAGCUGUCUAAAAACGGAAACUGUGAGGUCUACCUGACCUGCUCUGUGGAGAAUCCAGAUGACAGUGUCUCCUUUGGGUGGCAGGAGACAGGAAACAUGAAUCUAAAAGAAGUAAACCUCACUGUCUACUGGGACCCCUGGAAGUCCAGCAAGCAGAACAGCUACACCUGCAUGGCUGAGAAUCCCGUCAGCAACAUCUCCUCCUCAGUCUCUGUCCAGAGUCUCUGUGAAGGACUUUUAGGAAAACCAGUCCUCGGGGUCACGUGGAUCAUACUCAUAUCCCUGACUGUGCUGGUGGUUUUGAUUCCAGAAACAGAGCUAGUGGGUGCCAUUUGCCCAUCCUAUGGGAGACAGAUAAAGGGAGGGAGGAUGUGA